AGUGGGCGAGUGGAAGGUCGCGGGGCUCUCUGUUCCCCUCGCUGAAGUUGCACGUCAGGGCGGGCUGCAGUGAUUAUCGGAUGCCGCGGAGGAUGAGGACGGGAGAGAUCGGGGCGGAACACUCCCUUGCUGCCGGAGGGGAGAGGGUCCUGACUCAAGGAUUAAAGGCUGUGCCACAUGGCCCUUGAUUAUUCUGGGAACGGCCUUGAACCAUGCGUCAGUGGAAGAAGGCAGAGCCGUACGCGAGUGUAAAGAGAGCUCCCAUGCAACUUGAAAUUAGCAAGUGGCUGUGCAGAGGGCUAAAGGUAGCCCAGGAAUUAGGCUCUAGACUUGUAACAGCUCAGUCUCUUCCCCCGUCCUGCAGUUCCGGUCAGUUCGUCUCAGAAGACAGUUUCUUUCCGGGAGUUCUCAUUCACACUCACUAGCGCGGUGUAGCAUUGGAGAUGAAAUCCUCUCAAGCUCUCAGGUGGUUUCAGGAGGCCCCGUAUUAGUUCAAAAACUAUUGUAAGUGUAUUGUGAGCACAUUGUGUCAGAAACAGACGGACACAUCCCUGCCCUCUCACAGUAGAAGUUUAUUGAAUGACAAUAAAGUCAAUCACAAGACACGAUUACCUGGUUCCUAUAUGCUGCCCUCUGCACAGCUGGUCUCCACGAGCAUCCGGCUUGUCCCGUCCUGGAUCUGCAAUUCUUCUCGUUCGUUCAUGGACCUGAAGGCUCUCCUUUCCUCCUUGAACGACUUUGCAUCCCUCUCCUUUGCUGAGAGUUGGGACAAUGUGGGGUUACUGGUGGAGCCGAGCCCUCCCCAUACUGUAAAGACGCUCUUCCUGACCAAUGACCUGACGGAGGAGGUCAUGGAGGAGGCUCUGCAAAAGAAGGCGGACCUCGUUCUCUCCUACCAUCCACCCAUCUUCCGGGCCAUGAAGCGUAUAACUUGGAAAACCUGGAAGGAGCGCCUGGUGAUCCGGGCGCUGGAGAACAGGGUUGCCAUCUACUCCCCCCACACGGCCUAUGAUGCCGCACCCCAGGGAGUCAACAGCUGGUUGGCCAAAGGGCUUGGAACUUGCACUGCCAGGCCCAUCCACCCCUCCAAAGCUCCUGACCACCCCACAGAGGGGGCCCACCGAGUAGAAGUCAGUGUGGACCACACCCAAGACCUGGACAAAGUCCUGUCUGCAGUGAAAGGAAUUGAAGAGGUUUCUGUCACUUCUUUUCCUGCUAGGUGUGAUGACGAGGAACACACCCGGAUCAGCCUGAACUGUACUCAGAGGGCUUUGAUGCAGGUGCUCUCUUUUCUCUCCCAGAACAGACAGCUUUAUCAGAAAACUGAAAUUCUGUCGCUGGAGAAGCCUUUGCUUCUGAAUACCGGAAUGGGACGGCUGUGCACACUGGAUGAACCUGUCUCCCUGGCAACAAUGAUAGAGCGAAUCAAAGGACAUCUAAAGCUAGCUCAUCUUCGCUUAGCUCUUGGAGUAGGGAAGACCUUAGAGUCUCCAGUCAAAGUUGUGGCCCUGUGUGCUGGUUCUGGGGGCAGCGUUCUACAAGGAGUAGAGGCGGACCUUUACCUCACAGGUGAAAUGUCCCACCAUGAUGUUCUGGAUGCUGCGUCCAAAGGAAUAAAUGUCAUUCUUUGUGAACACAGCAACACUGAACGAGGCUUCCUUUCCGAUCUUCAAGAAAUGCUGAGUGUUCACUUGGAGAAUAAGAUUAAUAUUAUCCUGUCUGAGACAGACAGGGACCCUCUUCACGUGGUUUAAAACACACAAGAUGUCAUUUGGAUCGCAAUAGGACUGUGGGGGAAGAGCUGGUGGUGCCAUCAUCCAGCAGAACUACUCGAUUGACAUCGUUUUCAGUUCGUCAGUCUGGCUCACUAAAUGUCAUAGCUCAUAAGGUAAAGACCAUGUGUAAAGAGUACAAUAAAGACGAAUAUUCAUUAUAAA